AUGGAUAAUCAGACUAGUAAUGUUCAAGAUUCAAGUGACAUAUCUGUUUCAAGAAACAAUGAUGGCUUUGAGCAAGAGACGAAAGCCAACGCAGAACCUGCACAUGAUCCCAAUGAGGCUCAACCAGAUUCCUUACAUGAAGAUCCCGAGUUGGGUAUGACCUUUGAUAGUGAGAAUGAUGUGCGAGAAUACUACAGAGAAUAUGCUAAAUCUAAAGGAUUCGGUGUCACGAAAAGAAGCUCGCAUACUAAUGAUGAUGGAGAGCUAAAGUACCUUGCACUUUGUUGCUCUCGCUAAGACUCGUCUAACUCAAAAAAAUUGUUGAGACCAAAUCCAUCAGCUGGGUUAGGAUGCAAAGCCAAAAUUAAUAUUACACGUCGUCAUGAUGGGAAGUUUCAAGUUUCAAAGGUCAUUUUGGAUCACAAUCAUACAUUAAGUCCACUGAAAUCUCGAUUGUUCAGAUGCAACAAGAGAAUUAAUGUUAAGCGGAGGCUUCUGUUGAAUGAUCGGGCUGGAAUACGAGUAAACAAGAAUUUUAAUUCCCUUAUUGUGUCAGCAGAUGGUCAUGAGAACCUAACUUUUUGUGAGAAAGAUUGUCGCAAUUUUCUAGAGAAAGAAAGAAGGUUGAAACUUGGAAUUGGUGAUGCUGAAGCGGUUCGCGACUAUUUUGUGAAAAUGCAAUCCGACAAUCCAAACUUUUUCAGUGUUAUGGAUGUUGAUGAUGAAUCUCGGCUAAGGAAUGUUUUUUGGGCAGAUGCAAGAAGCAGGGCAGUGUAUGAAUCUUUUAAUGAUGUUAUAACUUUUGACACAACAUAUUUGAUGAACAAAUAUGAUAUGCCAUUUGCUUUAUUCGUUGGUGUCAAUCAUCAUGGUCAGUCGGUGUUGCUAGGAUGUGCUUUAUUAUCAAAUGAAGAUACUGCAACAUUUGUUUGGUUAUUUGAAGCAUGGCUCAAAUGUAUGUCUGAUCGUCAACCAAAAACUAUUAUAACUGAUCAAUCAAAAGCAAUCCAGAAUGUUGUGGGGAUAGUUUUUUCAGACUCUCGAUAUAGAUGGUGCUUGUGGUAUAUAAUGAAAAAAUUACCUGAGAAGCUAGGUGGAUAUGAUGAAUAUGAUUACAUCAAGGUUGCUAUCGGUAAUGUUGUUUAUGAUUCAUUGACAAUUACAGAGUUUGAAGUUUCUUGGAUGCGUAUGGUAGAGAGGUAUACUCUUGGUGAUAAUGAUUGGCUUAAAGGUCUUUAUGACCAUCGCCACCGUUGGGUUCCAGCAUUUAUGAAAGAUGCCUUUUGGGCAGGUAUGUCUACUACGCAGCGUAGCGAGAGUAUGCAUGCCUUCUUUGAUGGUUAUGUUAAUGAAAAAACAACAUUGAAACAUUUUGUUGGCCAAUAUGAGAAUGCUCUUCGUGACAAAGUUGAGAAGGAGAAGAUUGCUGAUUUCAAUUCUUUCAGUUCAAUCAUACCUUGUGUCACACAUUUUGACAUCGAGGAGCAAUCUCGGUUAGCCUAUACAAAUUCAAAGUUCAAAGAAUUUCAAGAAGAGUUGACAAAUAAGAUGUAUUGUGAUCGGAACUUCAUGCGGAAAGAAGGGGCAAUAGAAAUGUAUGAAAUAACUGAGGAGGUGCUAAUUAACGCAAAUAGAGCAGUCACAUACGAGAGAGUGCGAGUAGGCAUGUUCAACGCCUCCGAGGUUGCUUCGUGA